AAGCAAGGGGGCGUAUGCGGCAGUGUCCUGAUGAGCUCACUCCCGCACCGAAACAGACGACGUAGGGAAAAGAUAAACACGGCAAUCGACAGAAUACGGAAUUCGGCAUUAUCUUUAACGCGUUUGCUGCUUUAUCUGCGAGCCGAGCGCGAGUCAGGUCUGACGAGCUGUGCUGAAAAAUCCGCUAUUACGGCGGGGCCAAGCAAGAAAAUGGCCAUGGGGGACGAUUCUCCUGUGGUGUCCCUCAUUCUGCCAGUGCUAAUCAGGCCUAUUUUGGCCCAGCUGGAGAAGAGGGACCUUGUGGCCUCUCAAACUCUGAGGGCGGCUCUCAGCAAAACAGAAGCGUCCCAUCCAGGGUUCACUUACAAUUUAGUCAAAGGCAUCAUGAGGAGAGGCGAUUUCAGUGUCAAUAUGAAUGAAAGCAUUCUGCGAUUGCAAGGGGCGAGCACUGAAACUGAUGUUGAAUACAGACUGAGCCGUUCAGAAGACUCUUUUCAAGAGCUCAACAAAAAGUCUGCAUCCCUGAAGAAAAUCCUCAGCAGAAUUCCUGAUGAGAUCACUGACAGAAAGACGUUUCUGGAAACAAUCAAGGAAAUCGCCAGUGCCAUUAAGAAAUUGUUGGAUGCUGUCAAUGAAGUUGCGUCAUACCUUCCUGGACCUGCAGCAAAGCAGGCGCUAGAGCAGAGGAAGCGGGAGUUUGUCAAGUUUUCGAAGCGCUUUAGCAAUACCUUGAAAGAAUACUUCAAGGAAGGAGAUGCCAACUCCGUUUUUGUGAGCGCGCUCUACCUGAUCCACCAAACCAACAUGAUCAUGGCCACAGUCAAGGAUAAAUGCGAAUAGGCUCAGCCGAAGCAAUAACCCACUGAGGGAAAAUGUUUGUCGUUUGUUUCUCCCUGGGCCUUGUGGCCACGAUAGCCGCUUUUUUUAAUUUAUGAAAAAAUCGUAAUCAAACUGUCCCGCUAACAUUGAGUAUUUUAGAUGAUAAUUAUAAACAUCAGAAUUGAUACUUGAUAGUGCGCCCCUUCAUCUAUUUUACGAUACCACCAAAUGAGACGACCGAGUCUUUCAUCCUUAAUUGUUAGCUAGUACCUGUUGAAUGGAUAAUUACUGAUCGGCCUUCCUGUUGCUUGAUUGGUAAUCAAAUCCCUUGCAUCUGCUUGAGAUGGUGAUUUACAAGUUCAUAGUUAGAAGGCCUCUUUGUAAAAAAUAUUUAUUCUGCGCGAAGAUAAACCAAAUAACUACUACAAAGAAAAAAUUUGUACAUACAAGCUGUAGGCUCCACUGUUCAAAAUUAAUUAUUUUUAAGCACACGAGUGAUAUGGUUGUUGUAUUUUACUGUUAAAACUGGGUCUAAAUUGUAAAGCAUACAUUCCUUACUAUGGUAAUAUGUGAAUAAAAUGGUGUUGGUUUUUAACUCAAUAAAAUUUAAAUUUCUUACAAAGCGGAAA